AUGGCCUCGUCGCCCGCGACGCCGCAAGGGUCGUUGCGCCAGCGCAAUGUCCCCGGCGCAAACAAGAAGAACGAGGAGAAGAGCUCCCAGCCUAUGGACCUCAAUGAUAUAAAGAAGGCUGCAAAGGGUCAGCCCGUUGGUCCCGAGCGCGACCACCAGGCUGCCUUCACCAUCAUGACCGUCUUGGCAUUCAUCACCCGUUUCUGGGGCAUCAGCCAUCCUAAUGAAGUCGUGUUUGACGAGGUUCACUUUGGAAAGUUUGCCUCGUACUACCUCCAAAAGACGUACUUUUUCGAUGUCCAUCCUCCAUUCGGCAAGCUCCUCUUCGCAUUUAUGGGAUGGCUUGUGGGCUACGACGGCCAUUUCCACUUCGACAACAUUGGUGAUUCGUACAUCGUCAACAAGGUCCCUUAUGUCGCCUUCCGCUCGCUGCCGGCCUUGCUUGGGGCCUUGACCGUAUCCGUCGUCUAUCUGAUCAUGUGGGAGUCCGGUUACAGUGUGCCGGCAUGCAUCCUUGCCGCUGGUUUGGUUCUGUUUGACAAUGCCCACAUUGGCCAGACCCGCCUUAUCCUUCUCGACGCCACCUUGGUCUUUGCCUUUGCCUGCAGCUUGCUCUGCUACAUCAAGUUCUACAAGAUGCGCCACGAGCCAUUUUCCAGGAAGUGGUGGAAGUGGCUUAUCCUGACCGGCUUUGCGCUUUCAUGUGAUAUCUCCACCAAGUACGUUGGUGUUUUUGCCUUCAUCAGCAUCGGCUCGGCCGUCGUCAUCGACCUGUGGGACCUUUUGGACGUCAAGCGCAAGGACGGUGGGCUCAGCCUGCCUACAUGGACCAAGCACUUUGCUGCCCGCGCAUUUGGUCUCAUCAUAAUGCCCUUCAUCUUUUAUCUCUUCUGGUUCCAGGUUCACUUUGCCGUGCUCACGAGGUCGGGCCCUGGUGACGACUUUAUGACGCCCGAGUUCCAGGAGACCCUGAGUGAUAACGUUAUGCUGGCCAACGCCGUCACCAUCAACUACUACGACACCAUCACACUGAGGCACAAGGAGACCAAGACGUACCUUCACAGCCACCCGGACAGGUACCCUCUCCGCUACGACGAUGGCCGUGUUUCUAGCCAGGGUCAGCAGGUGACUGGCUACCCAUUCAACGACACCAACAACUACUGGCAGAUCCUACCCAUGAACGAUGACAAGCAGGAGGGUCGUGUUGUGAGGCACCAGGACCUCGUCCGUCUCCGCCAUCUCGGAACCGACACCAUUCUUCUUUCCCACGAUGUCGCCUCCCCCUACUACCCCACCAACCAGGAGUUCACCACAUGCUCAAUCGCGGAUGCAUAUGGUGCCAGAUCCAAGGACACGUUGUUUGAGGUCAGAUUUGAGAAUGGAAAGCCUGGUCAGGAGUUCAAGAGCGUCGCCUCGCACUUUAAGCUCAUCCACAACCCAAGCAAAGUAGCCAUGUGGACACACACCACUCCGCUGCCCGAGUGGGGUCACAAGCAACAGGAGAUCAACGGCAACAAGCAAGUCACCGUCAGCUCCAACGUGUGGUUCGUCGAGGAUAUCCCGUCACUUGAGCCUGACCACCCCCGUCGCGCAAAGGUUGAGAAGAAGAUCAGGCAUAUGCCCUUCCUCCAGAAAUGGUUCGAACUGCAGCGCUCCAUGUUCUGGCACAACAGCCGCCUCACCAGCAGCCACCCUUACGCCUCGCUGCCCUACCAGUGGCCAUUCUUGCUUCGUGGUGUCAGCUUCUGGACGCAGAACGACACACGCCAGCAAAUAUACUUUCUGGGCAACCCGAUAGGAUGGUGGUUGGCCAGCAGCUUGCUCGCCGUGUAUAUUGGCAUCAUUGCUGCGGACCAGUUCUCGCUCCGCCGUGGUGUGGAUGCGCUUGAUCAUCGCUCGCGCUCUCGUCUGUACAACUCAACCGGUUUCUUCUUCUUGUCAUGGGCGACACACUACGUCCCAUUCUAUGUCAUGGGUCGUCAGCUUUUCCUUCACCAUUACCUCCCCUCGCACCUUGCGUCCUGCCUGGUGACGGGCGCGCUGAUCGAAUUCAUCUGCAACUCUGACCCGAUGGAUGGCGACGACGUCCCCCCUCGCAGCGGUAAGAAGGCUGUUGCCGUCAAGCCCAAGCGCCACAUCACGGCGGGCGAGAGGUUUGCGGGCAAGAGCUUGACGGUCACGUGGGCCGUCUGCAUGGGUAUUCUCGCCAUGGUCAUCGCCGGCUGGUACUUCUUCCUGCCGCUCACGUACGGAUACCCUGGCCUGUCUGUCGACCAGGUCCUCAGGCGCAAGUGGCUCGGCUACGACUUGCACUUUGCUAAAUAG